AUGUCUUUCAGCAGUCAAAUUACACCUCGGCCAUCUCCAGCUGCCAGCCGGAAUGGCAUGGCCAGCGUCAGCUGUGACAGAUCCGAAAGACAGAAAAUCAGCUUGUACACGGGUCCAACCGUGCAUAUUGCUAUUGGCCCAGAGGAGCAUGACUUCUUCGUCCACGUCAAAGCCUUGUCGCUGACCAAAUUCUUCGAGUUGUGUGGCCCGCCUCUCACUGCUGAACAAAAAGCUGCAAGAGCCGAGUCAAUGUCUAAACAGCCAGAAGGCGGCCCAGUCUCACAGCCAGAAAUCAAGGAAGAAGAUUGCGGCGUCAAAGCAAGAUCUAGAUCACCAACCAUUGGUCUGUCCGACGUGAGCCGAACCUCAGCGUUCUCGGUGGCUGACGUCCUCGGCGGCAUGUCAACCACACCCGACUACUACCUCAAGGGAACCAUCUACGACCGCAACGCUUUUGAGCUCAUUGUCAACUGGCUCUACAACAGAGAACCCGAGGUGCCCACUUCUCGUCGCGACUACCUAACGUUGCUGAAGUCCUAUCUGAUCGCCCUCAAGUUCGCCAUCGACCCGCUUCAAGACUGCAUCAUCGAUCGCCUUCAAAAGUAUCACCAGGUAUACAGUACUACCUUUGAAGAUUUCACAUGGUUGAUUCGACGUCUGGAGGACACACCAAAGACCCACGCGACGCCUGCAGUCAUGUAUCUCGCAGACCAGAUCGCAUGGGAAAUUAUUUCUCUGGGAUAUGGUGAAUACGCCAAGUCCAACCCGCGCUUCGACGAAUACCUUCAGAAAGACGACCAUCCUUGCCGUGUUGUUCUCUUCAAGGCACUGACCAAUAUUGCUCGUUCCAGCGAUCCCAGUGACCCCGCAAAUAGCAGGAAUCGAUGGAAGGCCGCAAAUCGUCCUGUGGUCAAUGAUACAUCUCCUCUGACCAAUAUGGUUGACACGAUCGAUAUCGACAGUGACUGA